CGAAGUCGCACGUUUUUCAAACAGAAAAAAAAUGUCACAAAAUAUUCAAAAAAUGUAGAAACACAGACUGAUAAGAAUAAAUAAGAAAUAUGAAAAGUUAGAAUGCUUGAUUAUGUGCGUUAGGGAUAUAAUUACUGUAGUUUUGUUUAUUUAGAAAAUUUGCAUAUUGUGUGAAGUGGAUGUUCUGUGUGCUCGGGUGGCAUUUUUCGGAGUAUCUGGAUCUACAAUGGCCAAUCGGCCAGCAACCACAUUUUGCAUUGUCGUCAGAAGGGCCCCAAGUUGCUUUCGAGGAGAAGCCGUUCCUGAGUGUCCGCAUUUCCUAUGAAUGCACUGACAGCCAGAGUAAAAGAUCGACAGAUACAGAAAAUAGUACAACACCAGGUCCGAGCAGUGUAUGGCCUAAUUUAAGCGGAACCCCCAAGCCGAAGCGAGCCCGAAUAGCUUAUACCAACACACCAGCUUGUAUGACUGGAGAAGCAAUUCUGCAUGGAUAAGUAUUUGUGCCGACGCCGACGCAUCGAAAUGGCAG